AUGGAUAUUAAUGCCUUAGCUAGCAUCAUUGGUGGUAUCAGCAAUAUGAUGCAAAAUAAUGUUGAAACUAUUGAUGUGCCAUCUUCACAAAUUAUGGGUCGAUGGUAUCAGGUGUAUAAAGCAGCGAUAAGUUUCGAUGUGCACAGAACGGACAUGUUUUGUCCAGUUGCAUAUUUCAAGCCGAAUUCGGUAAUGGGUGAGGACGGGUUUUCGAUCGAAGAAGCUUAUCGAGUAAUAACAAAAAAUGGUCCAAUUGAGACAUACAAAAGAGAUCUGAAUAAAGUUGGUGCUGGGCAGUACUGGAUGUACACUGAGGAAUAUUUUUAUCCUCGACAAUUUAAUAUAAUUAGCGUCGGGCCAAAUUAUACGAAUACAUCAGUUGUAGAAGAAAAGGAAAAAGUAUAUCAAUAUAUGGUUAUAACUGAUGCAAACAGGCUAUCGUUAGGUGUAUAUGCUCGCCAUCCAAUGAUGUUUUACCAAAAAUAUAACGAAGAAGUCGUGAAAUUUCUUGAGAAUGCUGGAUUCGGUGGGAAAGUUUUUUGGAAUUCCCCGAGACCUAUUUAUCAAGGUGCCGAUUGUGAGUGGCCAUCGGAGAAAGAAGUGUUUGCACGACGGGUCUUGAAAAAUCAGAAAACAGCAAAAAACACCGAGUUGGAAACAGUGACUAAAUCCGGAUUAUUCGGUUCCUCGCUUGGAGCAGAUGGCCGUAGCCCAAUAAGGGAAGCACUUCAGAAUCCGCAACUGGCACUACAGAAACUAAUGCAAGGGCACUGA